AUUAUUCUCUCUCAACUAAAGAUCAAUACUUAAUAACAAGAUAUCGUGGAUGAAGUAGCAAAAAAAGAAAACGAAGGUGCGUCUACUCUCAAACUUGGGCCAAUAUAACCGUAUAUGUGUGACCACUCAUCAUAACGGUGCUAAAUUUUCUCCACAUUUAGUCAAGCUUCGAUAUUUGUUAAUAGGUAUAAUGGAGAAAAUUCGAACACAAGAUAAAUGGUAAUACAAAAAUUGACUAUCUAUAAGGUAAAACUUCAUCCUAUACACACACACAUGCAUCUAUGCACGCACGCACGCAUAUCAAAAUGCUCAGAAAAUUGGAAAAAUAUCAGGUUCUUUCAUCCUUGGGGUACUCCUGGUGCUUCAAACUAAAAAAAAAAGAAUCUUCAAUGUUUAAAAACAUUAUGAAAAAAAUGUGAAUGUUCACAAGGAAUGUAACUACAACUGCUAAAAAAUUCAGGACAACACUCGAAGUGCACAUUAAUAAACAAAAAUAGUGAAAUUCGUAAUAAACAAAAAACAAUUCAGAUAUGAAUAGUGGCAAUGUUGAUUUGCCCUUUUUUACACUAUUCAUGAUAGAUCACAUUUUUGUUUGAACAUUGACAGUUUUUUGGAUUUCCUUCAAAUAUUGAAAAAUGCUUUUGGAAUUUGAAGCACUGAAAGUAUCCAAAAAUGAGAGUAUAUGUGAUGAAGAGAAGAGCAAUCAGAGAAACGAAUGGACAGGGAGGAGAUAAGGAUGCACGUGGGUGCGACGUCCCAUGCAGAAGACGUGCGUGUGUGGAAGGCGACCGGCGCGUGGCUCGGCCGAUCGGUGGGCACCACUUGGAGUUUUCUGAAUAAUUAUGGACUCAAAUUGAUGUCUUGCUCUUGCUGCAAUCUCAUUUUUUUUCAUUGAUUGCAAAUUUUUGUUGAUAGCUUACCAAGCUGAAGCUAUAAACUCAGCUGAGUUGCUGUGUAGAAGAAACAAUCAGUGAAGCAUCCUCUCCUCUCGUCUAGGACAAAGCAUUGCGCGGCUGUGAUGGUUUAUCCGUUGCAUGGCAUCCAUGAGCUGGUCUUUGUCCUGCUCCUCUGCCCUCUUCUUGUCCUCCUGGCCGUGCGCCGCCUCGCGACGCCGUCGACGGCCGCGGCCACCGCGAGAGCCAGGGAAGAGCUGCUGAGCAGGCUGCCUUCCCCCGGCAGCAGGCUCCCCGUCAUCGGCCACCUGCACCUCAUCGGCUCCCUCCCGCACAUCUCCCUCCGCGACCUCGCCGCCAAGCAUGGCCGUGACGGCCUGAUGCUCCUCCGGCUUGGCGCCGUCCCGACGCUCGUCGUCUCGUCGCCGAGCGCUGCCCAGGCCGUGCUGCGCACGCACGACCACGUCUUCGCGUCCCGGCCCUACUCCCUCGUCAGCGAAAUCCUCUUCUACGGCCCCUCGGACGUCGCCUUCAGCCCCUACGGCGAGCACUGGCGGCAGGUUAGGAAGAUCGCCACCACGCACCUUCUCACCAACAAGAAGGUCCGCUCCUACCGCCAUGCCCGCGAGCACGAGGUGAGAUUGGUUGUGGCCAAGAUCCGCGAUGUGGCCUCAAAAUGCACCGCCAUCGACAUGAGUGAGCUUCUCAAUGCCUUCACUAAUGACAUUGUGUGUCAUGCUGUGUCCGGCAAGCUUUUUAGGGAACGGGGACAUAACAAACUCUUUCGAGAGCUCGUCGAGGCCAACUCAUUGCUCCUAGGAGGAUUCAACCUGGUGGACUACUUCCCCAGGUUGGUGCAGAUGGACAUCAUCAGGAGGAUGGUUUGCGCUAAGGCCCAGAAGGUGAAUAAGAUGUGGGAUAACCUGCUCAAUAGUAUCAUCGACGAGCAUGCAAGAAAGUCGGUGCCAGAACACAACAACGAGGACAACGACUUCAUUGAUGUGUUGCUUUCUAUCCAACAAGAGUACAAACUCACAAGAGACCAUAUUAAGGCUCAGUUAGAGAUCAUGUUUGAAGCUGGCACAGAUACAUCAUUCAUAGUGUUGGAAUAUGCGAUGGUACAGCUCAUGCAAAACCCCCACCUCAUGAACAAGCUACAAGCCGAGGUGAGGAGCACUAUAACCAAGGGGAAAGAAAUGGUUACCGAAGCUGAUCUCGAUAGUUUGGCAUACCUAAAGGCGGUGAUCAAAGAGACACUCAGGCUCCAUAUGCCUGGGCCACUCCUCGUACCCCACCUCUCCAUGGCCGAGUGUAACGUAAAUGGAUACAUUAUACCAUCAGGAAUACGUGUCAUCAUCAAUAGUUGGGCUCUUGCAAGGGACCCUGGUAGUUGGGAGCAUGCAGAUGAGUUCAUGCCUGAGCGGUUUAUGGAAUGUGGCAGCGCCGCAACUAUGGACUAUAAGGGAAAUGACUUCUCAUACUUGCCAUUUGGGACCGGACGAAGGAUUUGUCCAGGUAUCAACUUUGCGAUUGCGACCAUUGAAAUCAUGCUUGCGAAUCUCAUAUACCACUUCAAUUGGAAGCUACCAACAGAGUUAAUGGAAGAUGGCAUCAGUAUGACCGAAUUAUUUGGGAUGACGGUGCAUCGGAAGGAGAAGCUCCUUCUUGUUCCCGUAGUGCCACGACAAUAAAACAUUGGUCAAUUGUAUGGUGUGCGGCAUUUAGACUUCUUAUUAAGCACGAAUGUCAUCAAUAAUUGAAGAAAACAUUGCAUUAAAAUUAUUAUCAUAUUCAAGAGUAGAAAAUAACACUACUACAUAAAUGCUCAUAUUUGAUGUUUGUUAUAUGUGAAUUGUCAGCCAAAGUGUUCUUCUUA